AUGGCUGCACUAUUUUCAUAUAUUAUUCUCAGCAGCGUUGUUUUCUUGGCUUUGCAACAUGCUGCUACUGGUCUCAGAUGUUAUUCAUGUGAUCCAUGUGAUGUUGUCAAUAAUAACACGUUAAUAACUAGCUCCAACGGUGCAGGAUAUUCAUGUUGGAAAACUAUUAGGUUGAUCGCUACUGGUGUGACUCACACAAGCCGUGGUAUUCGUACUAAUUGCCAAGAGGAAAAUAGCGUCUUUGCUGGAACUGGUACGCGAACCACUUGUUGUUCAUCAGACCUGUGUAAUUCAGGCGUUCCUGUCUCGAGCUCGAUCGGAUUGUCAUUGUUUCUAAUCAUGGCUGGUAGCAUCAUUCAAUGUGUUUUCAUGCAUUGA